GACGUGAUGGGACUCGGCGCGGCCGUUCCCGGGCAGGAGCACGCGGGCGGCGCGCGGCGCGGGGCGGGCGGCGGCGCGGCGGGCGGUCUCCUCUCCCCCGGCCCCCGCGCUGGCCGGGCGGGCGGCGGGCGGUGCUCCCCCCCGCCGGCUGCGCGCCGCCCCCGGGGGGCGGCGGUGAGGGACCUGCCCGGCGCCCCGCUAUUUAUUUUUCCCCCGUUCUCCGCCGCGCCGCUCUUGCCCGCACCGCAGACGCCCCGCGCCGCGGGCGGGCCAUGGCUGGCGGCGGCGCGGCCGGCCCGGCGGGCGCGCACUGAAGGCGCCCGGAGCCCCCCGUCGCCGGGGCGCGGCCGCACCAUGUCGGCCGUCGCCUACGUGGACUUCGUGGCGGCGCAGUGCCUGGUCUCCAUCUCCAACCGCUCCGCCGUGCCCGAGGCGGCGCGGCUGAAGGUGCCGGGCGAGGGAGAGGCGGCCCGGGAGCUGCGCGACCCCCGCGACGCCUGGAAGGACUACUGCGCCCUGCUGGCCAUCGCCAAGAGCCUGCUGGAGCUGAACAAGUACCGGCCGCUGCCCGCCCCCUCCGUCUGCAGCGACAGCGUCGAGAGCCCCGACGAGGACGCGGGCUCCGACAGCGACGCGGCCACCGAGCCGGCCUGCAGCCCGCCCCGCAGCCCGCCGCCGGGGCCGCCCCCCCGCCUGCGCGCCGCCGGGGACGCCCCCAAGGGGAAGCUGGCGGCCGAGAAGCGGCACAAGUGCCCCUACAGCGGCUGCGGCAAGGUCUACGGCAAGUCCUCCCACCUGAAGGCGCACUACCGGGUGCACACAGGCGAGCGACCAUUCCCCUGCACGUGGCCUGACUGCCUUAAAAAGUUCUCCCGCUCUGACGAGCUCACCCGGCACUACCGAACCCACACCGGCGAGAAACAGUUUCGAUGCCCCCUCUGCGAGAAGCGGUUCAUGCGGAGCGACCACCUGACAAAGCAUGCCCGGCGCCACACCGAAUUUCACCCCAGCAUGAUCAAGCGAUCCAAAAAGUCCAGCUCCAGCAGCUCCUUGUGAAGGCAGGGCUGGCCCGGGGAGGGGAGUGUGGAAGGCAGGGGAAGCGAGCUGUGGCAAGGAUGCAGGCAGCAGCAUCAGAGUAUGAGCAUCGGCUGUGAUGCCAGUCACCCUUGCCAUCCAAAAGCACAUGUAGCCAACAUUAAAAAGAAAAAAAAAUACUCUGUGCCCCCCUCCCUGUCCUCCACCUCCCCACCCUGCUCUGAUAACAACAGUCUGGAGCAAGUGGACUGCAGGGUGAGAGGAGGGGAAGGAUAGCCAGCAGAAGGGGCGACCACCGCCUCUAAUGUAAAGUGUUGAUGCUGGUGUACAUACAUCUGACUGGAUGGUCUGGCCUGUGCCACCACAGUAGCAUGACCCCAAGGUCUUUGUGAUUGCUGUGUCAUGAACAUGUUUUGUUGAACAGUGUAAUGCUGCUUGUAUUUAGAGUUUGUCAAGUAAAAACACUUUCUGAGUCACGUAAAUAACUCUCAGAUAAAAACUCCAUAGCACAUUGUAGAAGUGGGUUUAUUUCUGUGUCAGAAUGAUCCUGCAUUUAAAGAGACUGUUAAGAGAAACAUUACGUAUGUUACUAAUCAUGUCUCAUUGAUAUACUGAGGUAAGGUGAAUUUAUACUCAAGAAGGCCCAUUAAAGUAAAUGGGUCCUUUUAAUUUUUCUUUGUAUUAACUACACUUUUGAAUAUAAGCUGUACUUUUCCAGUAAAAACAUGUAUAAUUCAAGAAGAUACUUAAAGCAAAAAAAAGCCCCACAACAGCUCAGUCGUUUUCUGACCAUAUGUGUAUUUAGCUGUUAUUCACUUACCUGGAAAAAUACAAGCCAGCCUAGAUAACGUGGCAUGGGCGUGGGAGCAGAAACUUAUGUCUCUCACUUGAUCCUAUACUUUUAUUUUGUCAAUAAAUACAGUACUGUACUAUAGAAAUGCCACUAACAGUGCUUUAUUCUGCUGUGUUUUGUUUGAAUGGAUGCAUAACAGCAGCUACCAUCUUUAUAAACUGCUGCUUUUUUAAAGGCUUUUUCUCUUCGUAAACUUGCCUUAAAGAUUUAUUCUCUUCAUACCUUUGCCUGACUCCCAUGGGAGUUGUGUGUGCUUAUGGAGAGAGUAGACCUUUCCUUAAGAGCACUCUGCUAAUGGAAACAGCUGAAAUUAUUGUAAGGAGCACUUCAAAAGGGCUCCUGUAUCUCUGGAUCGCCGUUUCUGUAGAGUAUGGGGAAAAACCAUGAGCUAAUUGGAAAUACAGGACGGGAGCUGUGUCGUAAUACUCCUUACAACAUAAGCUUCUCUUGGUACUUUGUGUUGUACCCGUGUCAUGCAUGGCACGUCAAACAGUGAUAAAGGCAAUAUUAAUUUUGUUUUAAAGCUAUUUUUUGCUCUUUAAAAGGAGCAAAAACAUCACGGAAGGAAAACUUUCUCAUGGUCAUUUGCUAUUUCAUUGGGGGGGUUUAGGUUACAAAGCAUGAACUGUAAGAGGUUAUCAGUGAUAGCCCCCCCCCCCCCCUCAGCUGCAUAAAGGGAGGAGAAUUCUGUUUACACAUUAUUUUUUCCAGAAACAUUCUUGUCCUGUUUGUUUUUUACCCCUUCCUCCAGAAGAGGAAGGGCAGGUGCAGCCCUACUAUAGAGACUUAGGGCCAAAUUCAUCUCAUGAGUAAUCACACUGAAACCCAAAGUGUUUCCACUGCAGAUGAAUUUAGGUUGUCUUGUAAAAUUCUGUACAUAAAACAUCUUGUUAGUACAUAUGCAAUUACAGUAUCUUACUGUUUUACGUGAUAAAAAGCUUGCUUCCUAGUAACAAACAUAAAAAACUCAGAGAUUAGGGUGUUUUCUUCUACAGUUGUAUAAGGCUUUCAGCAUUAGAAAUCAGUUUGCAUUCAGUGCUUUUACCUGUGUAGUUUUAUGAUAAAUUCCAUGUGAAGAGAACUGCUUUUAAGGCAUUGGGGAUAUUGAGCAGUCUGGGAUAUGUUUUCUUCAGUGAAGACAUCAGGAAACCAAGCACACUUUCUACCUCCGUUUCAGCUUUUUGAAACAUUUAUUUUAGAAACCAAACUUUAAUUUUUGGUGUCCAAAUUGAGUUAUAGGGACAUGAAUUCUUCCUAAUAAAAAUAGGUAGCCUUGGUAUUUCUGUUGAUCUAGAAAUAAAGAAAGCGUUCUGCUUACCAGUACUGUUAAUGCUGCCUCAUUGAGUGGGGUCAGGGCCACGUGCAGCCUGGUGACAUUCAAAGGUGCAUGCACAUUUGUCUUCGUUUUCCUCUGUGAAGAUCUUGCAAAAUUUUGAGUCUGCAGUCUGGGUUGUUGCCAUAUUGUAGGACAAAUGCAACACUUGGAAAAUUAAGGCCUGAUCCUGUGAAAUACAAGACCCCUUCACAUCCUGUCAACCACAAUGGGAAGCCACAGCUGAUAAGCAGCUCCUAAAUCAGCGUGUCAGAUGUUUGAUCACUUGGCUACCAGGAUUAACCGAUACAUGGAAGUAAAUGGCCAGAUUUAUGGUUUCCAUCUUGCAUAUUUGGGGUAGAAUGCACAUUUAAAGAAAUGUCGUCGUUCCUGCAACAUCUGAAAGAAUUGACUGGGGGUGGGGUGGGGGGUGUACUUUGGUCCAUGGGACAGUGGGACAUACAGGCGUAUGCCGUCAUUGCAUGUGACAAGAUCCUGUUUCUGAAACAAACUUUCCUAAAUGGUAACCCAUUUGCUGUAAUGUAUGCUGUAUUUCAGCAUUGGAGAGAGGAUUAAUGUGAUUCAUUAACCACUAACAAUACAUUGGGAAUAGUCAGGUUUGGAGAUUCUAUUUUGUUCAUUGGGGAUUUGGGGGCUUUUGUUUUAAUAAAAGCAAAUAAUAAAAGCUCCAACAAAUAAACUGCAGGUUAGUUCUUUGCAUCUUGAACUUAAGUUUUGAAGAGUGUUGCAAGUGUUGGAAAAGAAAAGGAAAAUCGGGUUCUCUAAUACUGUAUGUACUUGUAUGAUUUUGGAAGUACUUAGUAGUUAGGACAGCUCUUCUCCUUGGUUAAGAAAGCCCAUUACUAUAGAAAAGUCAUGGCUUUAAAGGUAUAACUAUACAACAUACUUCUUUUUUUAACAGUUUUACAUGACCUGUAUUACAGAUCUGUUUUCAGUUUGCAGAUGGACUUAGCCCAGCAUACACCAGACUGGACACGUACUUCAAAAUGCUGUUUUACAGACUAGUAAUCUGUAACACUGUAAAAUACCAACUUCCAACAGUUUAAUCAGUUUUAUUUUUGUACAGUAUUAGUAUCCUUUAUAAGUUAUUUUGCUGU